GUCGCACAGCUUCCUAAAUAUGCCGAACCGUGCGCCAAUUGAAAAAGCUGUCUCGACCGCACGUUUCUUCCACGUAGAGCUGAUGGAAAGGUAGGUUGCUGCCAAAGAUCAAUCAAUCUCAUCAGUUAUAACUGAGAACUGCAGGUAUCUGUGGUUCAUUUUGUGUGCAUUACUAGCGAGCUACUACUAGAAAAGAGAAAGAAAGAUGCCGACGUUGGCUGUGGAAAAGGAUAUCUUUUUUGCCCAUUUGGGUAGAACGUACACGGAGGAAGCGUUCGAUGAGCUGUGUUUCGAAUUUGGAGUGGAAUUGGAUGAGGUUACCAGCGAACGAGAAGAAGCACAAAAGUCUGCCACCGUCAAGUUGACCAAGGAUCAGAUUGCCAGCUUGAGUGACAAGGAAAUCUACAAGAUUGAUGUCCCCGCCAAUCGCUAUGACUUGUUGUGUGUGGAGGGUAUGAGCCGUGCGCUCAAGAUUUUCUUGGGGGACAUGGAAGCUCCCGUGUAUCAAAUUGUGGGAGAACCCAGCGAAGCCACUGCCAUGACAGUCAUGAAGACCAACACGGACAAGAUUCGUCCCUUUGUGGUUUGUGCCAUUCUGAGGGAUGUCACCUUUGACAAGGAGCGGUACGAUUCCUUCAUGGACUUGCAAGAUCAAUUGCAUCGCAAUCUUUGUCGACAACGGACUCUGGUCGCCAUUGGAACGCACGAUUUGGAUUCCAUCAAGCCACCCUUCAAGUACGAUGCCAGAGAUCCCACACAAAUUUCCUUUGUCCCCUUGACACCCGAUGACCAAACUUUCACCGCCAAGGAUCUCAUGACACACUACGAGACUGUGCCAACCUGCAAACACUUGAAACCAUACGUUCCCAUUAUCAAGGAUUCACCCGUCUACCCUGUCAUUAUGGAUUCCGAAGAGACCGUCAUGUCGUUGCCACCCAUUAUCAAUGGUUCCAAAUCCAAAAUUACCUUGGAUACCAAAAAUGUCUUUAUCGAGUGCACUGCCACUGACAUUACCAAGGCAAACAUUGUCCUCGAUACCGUCGUGACCAUGUUCAGUGAGUACUGUGCCAAACCUUUCACGGUCGAACCUGUCACGGUCAACUAUCAGGACGAAUCGGGAGCUAUUGUGGACUCCCAUGUCACGCCACUUCUCUACACGCGUCAAGAACAGGCCAAGGUAGAUUUCUGCAAUUCCCUGAUUGGCAUUAGCAUUACUGCGGAAGAAAUGAAAAACCUGUGCAACAAGGUUCAACUAGGACCCGCCAAGUUGUUGGACAAUGAUACUACUUUGGAAGUCACUGUACCUCCCACACGCAGUGAUAUCCUGCAUCCCGUCGAUAUUGCCGAAGAUAUUGGAAUUGCCUUUGGCUACAACAACAUUGUCAAGAAGGUUCCCGCCACCUGCACGGUCGGCGGAGAAUUCCCUCUCAAUCUGUUGGGGGAUUUGUUGCGAGACGAAAUUGGACGUGCUGGAUACACGGAAGUUUUGACACAUGGUUUGUGCAGCACUCAUGAUAACUUUACGGCUCUUCGAAGACCCGUCACUGCCGCUGUCAGUUUGUCCAAUCCGGCCAACAAGGAUUACCAAGUGGUUCGAACAACGCUCCUGCCGGGACUCCUCAUGACGGUGCAACACAACAAGAGCGCCAGUUUCACUGCCGGAUUUAAAUUGUUUGAAAUCAGUGAUGUGGUCUUGCCGGAUAGUGAGCAUGUCAUCACGGAGACCAUUGUCGGUGCCAAGAAUGCGCGCCGCGUCUGUGCCGUUUAUGCCGGACCGACAUCAGGAUUCGAAAUCAUUCAUGGAUUGGUGGAUCGGAUCAUGACCUUGAGUGAAGUUGCACCGGAACCAGCGUACUGUGCCAGUGCCAAGAAGGAUGAAGGCAAGCACCGGGUCAGUCGAGAGGGUUGGCUCUAUACCAUUGCGCCACUGGAGGAAGGUGAUCCCGAAGCAGGAACCUAUUUCCCGGGACGUGCGGCUGCCAUCUUGUUGACCACUCCAGAAAAGAAGCAAACUCGCAUUGGGACCUUUGGAAUCUUGCACCCAGAGGUCUUGAACAACUUUGAUAUUCAGUAUCCUUCGUCGUGUGUGGAAUUGGACUUGGAAGCUUUGCUGUAAGAACGUGUGUAGACGCAUCAAGGUGUCCUCUGUACCUGCAGGAACUACCACCACCAAGUAAAGGGAAGCUCUUUUAUUUAAUACGAACUGGAUUGAUC